AUGGCCAAGUGGCUUCGGGACUACCUGAGCUUUGGCGGUCGGAGACCCCCUCCGCAGCCGCCCACCCCGGACUACACGGAGAGCGAUAUCCUGAGGGCCUACAGGGUGCAGAAGAAUCUGGACUUUGAGGACCCCUAUGAGGACUCUGAGAGCCGCCCAGAGCCAGACCCUGCGGACCCCGGAGACACCAAGGGCCCCGGAGACUCCAAGUUCGACUCUCCCAAGCACCGGCUCAUCAAAGUGGAGGCCGCAGACAUGGCCAGAGCCAAAGCCUUGCUGGACAACCCCGGGGAAGAGCUGGAAGUUGACACUGAGUAUUCAGACCCCUUCGAUGCCCAGCCUCACCCGCCACCCCCAGAUGAUGGCUACAUGGAGCCCUAUGACGCCCAGCGGGUCAUAAGUGAACUGCCCUGCGGCGCGGGGCUACAGCUGUAUGAUACUCCCUAUGAAGAGCAGGACCCAGAGCGGGGGGACGGGCCCCCUUUUGAUCAGAGGCCUCGGCAGAGUCGGCUGCCCCAAGAGGAUGAACGUCCAGCAGAUGAGUAUGACCAGCCCUGGGAGUGGAAGAAAGACCACAUCUCCAGAGCAUUUGCAGUGCAGUUUGACAGUCCAGAGUGGGAAAGGACCCCAGGCUCAAUCAAGGAGCUACGGAGACCCCCACCCAGAAGCCCCCAGCCUGCAGAGCGUGUGGAUCCUGCUCUGCCCCUGGAGAAACAGCCGUGGUUUCAUGGACCGCUGAGCCGCGUGGAUGCCGAGAACCUCCUGUCACUCUGCAAGGAAGGCAGCUACCUCGUGCGGCUCAGUGAGACCAGCGCCCAGGACUGCUCCCUGUCCCUCAGGAGCAGCCAGGGCUUCCUGCAUCUGAAGUUCACGUGGACCCGAGAGAACCAGGUGGUGCUGGGGCAGCACAGCGGGCCCUUCACCAGCGUGCCCGAGCUGGUCCUGCACUACAGCGCUCACCCGCUGCCGGUGCAGGGAGCCGAGCACCUGGCUCUGCUGUACCCCAUCGCCACGCAGAGACCUUGA